GGACUAAACUUGUUCGACUGAACCGAUCUCACCUCAGAUCGCAAAUCCCACGUUAUCAAAUUCUGUCCCAAGGAACAGUGAGAUAAAACGUGCUGUAUCUAUGUUUAGCAAAAUCUGUAGAAGAUGGCCUUUCCUUACUGGGAGCUUCCUCUUUGCAACUGUCGUACUCCACCAUUUCCACAUGAAAAGACUCAAGGCCCCUUAUCAGAUUCCACAUGCCAAAGACUUUCAAACCGACCAGCGUUAUCUUCACAAUCACUCACUCUUUUCUCUGGUAACACAGUCCAAAUCGGCCUGUCUUUCUUUCUCUGACUGAGCUAUGAUGAUGGCUGCUGAGUAUCACUUUGUGAAGGGCAUGAUCAAGCCGGUGGCCGCGCUUGCCGUGGUGGCGAUGGCAGUGGGGCUGUCGUACUUGCAGAAGCUGGGAUUGGAGAGGGAGAUGGUUUACUCCAUCUUCAGAGCUUUUCUUCAGCUCUCCGUGAUCGGCUUCGUUCUGCAGCUCAUUUUCAACAGCGAAAGCGUUGCUUGGAUCUUCUUGGCUUACAUUUUCAUGGUUUGUGUUGCCGGUCAUACAGCAGGACAACGAGCCAAGCACGUGCCCAAAGGCAAGUACAUCGCCGGAGCCUCGAUUUUGGCCGGAACUUCAGUGACGAUGUUGGUGUUGGUGCUGUUGCGCGUAUUUCCUUUCACUCCUCGGUAUAUUAUACCGAUUGCAGGGAUGAUGAUUGGAAAUUCGAUGACAGUAACUGGAGUCACCAUGAAGCGACUUCGAGACGACGUCAAGUCACAAAUCAAUCAGGUGGAGACAGCACUGGCUCUCGGUGCGACCCCUGACCAGGCCAUAAUGCAACCGGUGAAGAGAGCGCUGGUGGUUGGACUCUCGCCGGUGUUGGACAAUGCCAAAACGUUGGGCCUGAUCACACUUCCAGGAGCAAUGACUGGUCUCAUAAUGGGAGGCGCUUCGCCCCUUGAGGCCAUUCAGCUUCAGAUCGUGGUGGUGAACAUGCUCGUCGGCGCUUCCACAAUUAGCAGCAUCACGUCGACUUACCUCGCCUGGCCGGGUUUCUUCUCCUAUGCUCACCAAUUACGAGUCUCUGUCUUCUCUUCAGACUGAGAUGUUAUCAGUUAUGUUGAGAAUAUGAUUGUCGACGCAAAAACCAAAUUGGAAGAUGGAUUGGUUGUUUUCUCCCUGAUCCAACUUGUAAAUGCUUUACGUAUUAUUCUUGACAAGAGGAGGCUGAGAUUCAUAUGAAA